CUCGCGUUGUCAUAUCUUGGAGCACUUCUUGCUGCCUCCGUAUGUGGAACGCAAUACCUUUUUUCAGCAUAUAGCACUACACUGGCCAGCAAAUUAAAGUUUAGCUCUGUUCAAAUAAAUACCAUUGGAAGUGCGGCUAAUUAUGGUUGUUAUUUGACUGGUCCAAUUUUUGGUUAUAUAGUUGAUCACCAUGGUUCAAGAAGGACUGCUGUUCUCUCUUCCUUCUUUAUUUUUGCUGGAUAUUUUUUUUUAGCGAUGACGUAUGAAGAAAUUUUUAAUUCAAAAUCCUUUCUUCUAUGUGCUUUAUAUUUGAUUAUGGUUGGAAUUGCGUCGUCUGGAGCCUACAAUGCGGUUCUUGGACUUGUCGCUAGAAAUUUUACAAAAAAUCGUGGAAUUGCAUUUGGUUUUCCCGUAGCAUUAUAUGCAAGUGGUCUGUCUAUAUUCAUAGGCGGCUGGUUCUUGGUAAUCAUACCUCGUUCACAAAAUACUAAGCUUAAUGCUGAAGAAGUUGAUCAAAUUUCUGAUCAUCCUGAAUCUUCAUCAUCCAGUGAUCAAAACAAUGAACAAACCCCUUUAUUAGAUGUUAAAGUUUCUUAUGAUGAACCUGAUAUAGGAGGAUGGGAAUUAUUUUACAAUCAUGAUGCUUUACUUUUAGGUAUCUUAAUGUUCUUGCUUGGUGGAUGUGGACUGAUGUAUAUUAAUAACGCUGGGGCAAUAAUAAAAUCACUAUAUUCCCUUCCGUCAUCGAAUCCAACACCUCAAAAUCCCAGAAAAAACGCCCUUGCGGAUAUUCAAGAAUUUCAGAACCUACACGUUUCAAUUCUUUCUAUUUCCUCGUGUUUUGGCCGUAUUUUCGUGGGGUUCUUUUCUGAUAUCACAAAGCGUAUGUUUAACCUUCGAAGAAUAUCGUUUUUUAUUGUAUCUGGGUGUCUCAUGUUGUUUGGUCAGUUUUUGGCUGGAUUUUGGGUCAAAUCGUUGAAUGCUUUAUAUCCUGUGUCAAUUAUUAUUGGAAUGGGAUUUGGAAUGACGUUUAGUAUUGCACCGACAAUAACCAAUGAAUGGUUUGGCCCGAGAAGAUUUGGUAUUAAUUGGUGA